UGUGCAGUUGUCAUUGAAGAACACAGAGGGCACAGAUUGGUCUACAAGUUCCUUAACUACCCUAUCACUGCAUUUAGCUUUUCUCUUCCACUGAAGCUUCUGCCAUCCACUCACCACUGAUUCACUGCUUACCAGCAUCUCAGGAACCAGUGCAGGAAUAAUGGAGAACGUUACAAUAUUCGACUCACCUGGAAAGGGGAGGGGUCUUAAGGCCACUAAGGAGUUUUGGGCUGGAGACGUCAUUUUUGCUGAACCCAGUGUUGCAGCUGUUGUGUUUGACAGCCUAGCUGAGCGUAUUUGCCACAGCUGCUUCCGAAGGCAAGAAAAGCUACAGAAGUGCGGCCAGUGCAAAUUUGCUCAUUAUUGUGACCGCACCUGCCAGCGAGCCGGCUGGGCCGAACACAAGCAAGAAUGUACUGCCAUAAAAACGUAUGGCAAAGCACCGAACGAGAACAUUCGUUUGGUGGCUCGCAUCCUGUGGCGACUUGACAAAGACGGAAGCAUCUUAUCGGACACUCAGAUGGUAACAAUGGAGGAGCUGGAAGAUCACAUUACUGACAUGCAGGAGGACGAGUUGAAGGACUUCAAAGUGGACAUCCACAACUUCCUGGACUACUGGCCCCGCAACAGCAAGCAGCACACGAUUGAUGACAUUUCACACAUUUUUGGAGUAGUUAACUGUAAUGGUUUUACUGUGAGUGACCAGAGGGGCCUCCAGGCAGUGGGAGUGGGUCUUUUCCCAAAUCUUUGCAUGGUGAAUCAUGACUGCUGGCCGAACUGCACUGUGAUCCUCAACCACGGCAAUCAAUCGGCAGUGAAUACUAUGUUUCAUUCUCAACGGAGGAUUGAGCUGCGUUCUCUGGGUAAGAUUGAAGGAGGAGACGAGCUCACAGUUGCAUACGUGGACUUCCUGAAUUUGACCGAGGAGAGACAGAGGCUGCUGAAAACGCAAUACUUCUUUGACUGCACAUGUGAGCACUGCAAGGACCACAUCAAAGAUGACUUGAAGUUUGGGGGAUUGGAAGUGGACGGCGUCAAGCCUACAGAGGAACAAGUGAAAGAGGCCACAGAUUAUUGCUUUGAAAUGAUGGAGCAAAUGGAGAAGGCUCGACUAAAUGGCAACUACCAUGAGGUGGUAAAGAUCUGCAAGGGGUGCCUGGAGAAGACAGAGCCAGUUUUGGCUGACACUCACAUUUACCAGCUGCGGAUGUGGAGCACGUUAAGUGAGGUGCAAUCUUAUCUGCAGUUCUUUAAUGAUGCUGCAGAUUAUUCCCGCAAAAUGGUGGAGGGAUACAUGAAACUGUACAACCCGAACAAUGCUGCUCUUGGUAUGGCUGCCAUGCGAGCAGGAGUGACUCACUGGCAAGCAGGGGAAAUAGAGGUCGGCCAUGGGAUGGUCUGCAGGGCUUACGCCAUUCUCAUGGUAACCCACGGCCCAACACAUCCCAUCACCAAGGACCUCGAGGCAAUGCGUAUGCAGACAGAGAUGGAGCUGAGGAUGUUCAAGCAGAACGAGUAUGUUUACCACAGUAUGAGAGAGGCAGCACUGAAGAACAAACCCAUGACCAUGAUGCAUGAACCCAGGUCUGUGGAGGAGGGAAUCAAGAACCUUUUCCACAGGAGGAAGUGAUUAAGACGAUGAAGGAAAAACACCCCACUGUUUACCGUUACGUUUUCUGAGUGUCAGUGUGUGAGUCUACACGUUUAGUCACAGUCUGUUUCAUUUAAUUUUGUAGUUACGCUUUUCAUUAAAAAGAUGUCACAUCAAA